AUGACCGGCGGAGAGCCCACGCCAGGAGUGGUGUUCGGCGAUGUCCCUACCUUUAAGGAAGCUACCGCAGAAUUGAAGGAAGCUAUUGAUCAAAUUUACCUUUCAUCUGGUAAUUCUCAAUGUGAGGGUUCAUCUCCUGGUAGUCAACUCUCUGUUAUUUCUCCUCCUGCUAAUGAAACUGGGACAAAGUCUUGUCUUGUUGAGGCUAUUUCAAGUCCUUUAGUGCCUAAGCAUGCCAUUCAUGCUUUUCAAUUGCUCAGCACAAGUCCUGAGGCCCAGACUGUGGUGCAAUCUAUUGCUUGUGACCCUAAUAUAUGGAAUGUUGUCAUGAAAAACCCUGUUGUCACUAGUUUCUUCGAAUCACAGCUAGCGGCGGUAGAGUCAUCAAAUGAUGCUGCUUAUGCUGCUGUUGCUGGUUCUGAAACUGUAGAAACUUCUAAAAAAGAGGAGGGAAAUGCUUUUGAUUUUAUGACUGUUCUGCAGAAUUUGAAGCUUACAGUUACUGAAAUGGUUAGCAGAAUGUCCAAUUUCUUUCAGAACAUAUUCCUAACAGCUGAGAAAGACAAAUCUUCAACUGAUGGUGGUGGAGCCAAUUUCAUGGAUUAUAAAAAUUUGAUUGGAAGAAGUUUCAUGGGAUUGGCAGUUAUGGUAAUAAUGGUUGUACUGAUGAAGAGAGUCUAA